AUGGAGCGCCAGCAGCAGCUGGCGGCGAAGGAGCGUCAGCAGCGGGAGGAGGCGCUAGCUGGAACGGAGGCGGCCUGGGGGAGGCGGGCGAAUGCGUUGGCGGCGCGCCUGGAGGCGCGAAUCGAGGAGGAGGAGGAGACGGAGGCCGAGGCGGAGGAGGAUCAGACGGAGGCCAAUGCGAAGGAGGAGGAGACGGAGAAGGACGACGACGACGACGAGUUCGAUUGGUCCGAUGACGACGGGCCGCACCCGGACGAGACGGCCGAUCGGCAACGCGCACUCGUCGAGUCCUUCGAGUCGGAGAAGAAGCUCCAGGACGCCGCCUGUGCCUGCGAAGAGCUGCAUUUGAUCAAGUCAAAUUUCAGUGGUUCACCUGUACAUUUGACUGCUUUGAAGAGGAUUGCAUAG